AUGGGCCUUUUUAGUUUUAGAAAAAAGAAGCUAACAAGUCAAAAAAAAUUACCUCAAGAGCCACAAAUUGUAAAAUAUGAAUUUAAUCAAGAUGGAUCAAUAAUUGAACAAAGGCUUCAUUCUUCACCUACAUCAGAUACAUUUAUGAUGUUAGAAAGAUCAUCUUUAUCUAAUUUUACACAAAGUAUAUUAUCAGAAGAAUCGACGUCUCAUAGGGAGUCAUUAUUAUCAGGCAAAAGUUCGUAUUAUUCUUCUUCUGCAUCCUCUGCUUCGGUACUUGCUGGAAGUGAUACUUCAUCAAAAGGUAUUCAACAUUCGUUAAAUUUUAAAACCAGUAGCAUGAAUCAAAAUGACCCAAGAAAAGUAGUGCCAUCAUUUGAGGAUAAAAAAGAAUUUGAGCCAACGGCUUCUGCUUUAAGAAGAUCCUAUAAUAAGUUGACCAAUGAUUACUGUAAGUCAUUCACUAACAGUAACAGAGCUUCACUCAUACUGAAUAGCAACCAUGUGGCGAAUAAACAUGUAAAACAUGUUAUUGAUGAUACCUCUAAUUCAAGUUCUUCCUUUAAUUCUUCAAUCACUACAUACCCUCACCCUCAUUUGCUUUCUAAAUCUACUCCUAGGCAACAAGAAGAUGAGGAUAGACCGUUAAGUGAACUAUGGAUGGCAAAAUCUGCUACUGAAAAGAUAGCAACCAAUCAAAAUAAUGUGUCCGUUAUGAAUCGUAUGAAAGAAAGACACCGCCAAGAAUAUCGACGUCGAUCUAUGUUCUUAUGGUUACCAUCACCUGAAUCUGUUACGUAUUCUCAAAGUGGUACAACAUCUAUGUUAGCCCAAAGAGCAGCUACAGUCACCGGUAAGGCCUUUCCAAAACAAGAGCAACCUUACUGUCAUCCUCCUCCCGUGAUAGUUCCUACAGCCUCUAUCUCUACUCCUUAUGCUACUAGUAGUAGACCAACACAUUCAAAAUAUUAUUCGAAUACUAUUUACUUUAAUGAUUCACUUGCGAAAUCAACCCUUCUUCCUCCUCAUUCCUCAUCUGGACGUCAUCAACGGUUAACUUUGAAUACUAAUAAUAAUGAAGAAAAUAGUGCAUCUUGUUCUAAUACUUUACAUUCCACCACUAGUAAUAAAAAGAAGAGUCAACUCACAAAACCAAAAAAGAAGCAGAUGAUGGAAGAUGAUGAAGAGGAAAGUUGUUCUGAUGAAAAAAAUUGUCAUUUAGAUUGUCCUUCUAUGCAUUCAAUUAGGCCACUUGUGGAAGAAAACUGUUGUACGAAAAAGGAAUCCAGAAUAAAGUUACCAUCCACUUUUGUUGAACUAAAUCAAGGCCUUUCUAAAAAGAAGAACUAUCAUUCGGUUCCUGAUAACUUGAAUCAAUUAUUGAAAAGAAAAUCAAUAGAAGAAACUAUAAGGAAAUUGGUUGAGCUGAAGUCCGAAAAGAGAUUAGAGAAGAAUUGUAGCUCUUUUCCCCCGUCCUCAGUAUGA